CACUCUAGGAACGAUACGGUAGGGAGGAACAAUUCUUUACACGACUGUGACCAGAAAACCGUCCGGUACGAAUCCUACCGGUACAGUAGUAUCCUACAGUAGUAAGAGUACCGUACGUACCAGAAGAGAUCAUACCAUAAAAUAUCACUUUUUUCUUUUUUCCCCUCUCACCGAAUACGAGAAUCAUAAAAAGACAUUACGGUACUACUACUAAUUUUUUAUUUCGAAAGACCCCGAGUGAAAGUUUGGGAAACACAAGGUACUUUUGGAUCGAACGCAAACAACCAUGAAGCUCACUAAGGCACAGAAUGGGAACAAAACCACGCGCACUUAUGCGUAYAGCACGAUCUUUCUUUUAUGCGCCUCAAUGCUUUACUUCCGCGAAGGAAUGAGCCUCGGAGAAUACAAUCUAUACGACGACGCGGCAAAAAUGUACAACAGUGCCGUUGUCGGCGUCGGAUCGGACUCGUCGUCGGCARCGGUUGCGGAAAAAAGCCACAUGCUUUCGCUGGAACCCUCCAAGMGCUCGCUCCACGCCGAAUGGAAGCUCUGGGAAGAAAUGAACCCGUCCGAGCAGGACGAAGCGAUCCAAAAGGUUGGUGCGUACAUGACCAAGUACGGCAAGCUGAUCUACCCCAACGCGAAAAGGCGCCAAACCAUCAAGCAGGGAACGUGUGAGCUGGUGGAGUUCGCCUCGGGCCACGCCCUGUGCGGGCCCAAGCCGCCCAACGGUUGCUCCUUUUUCAGCUUUGGAAUCAACGACGACCCGAGCUUCGACCAGAAACUCGCAGAACUGUGGGGCUGCCGGGGCUUUGCGGGCGACCCGACGGUCCCCCACCCCUCCAAGCUCCACCCGCUAGUCACCUUUCACAACGUUGGGGCGUCGAUGCUCCAAGACAACGAAGAGCGCCUCGCCAACAAGGGCGGGGCGGAGGAGUGGUGGUCGACCUCCAUGCCCAAGCUGCGGUACUGGCUCGGCCUCGAGCGGGUCGAGAUCAUCAAGAUGGACUGCGAGGGCUGCGAGUUCGCCCUGGCGAGAGACAUUCUGCGGGAGGACCCCACCUUUUUGUACAACGUCGACCAAAUCUCCAUCGAAACCCACGUCUCCAAGGCCUGGAUGACCACCCGGGAGCACUUUUACUACUUUGCCCUGCACUUUGCCCUGCUCGAGGAGGCCGGCUUCAAGAUGGAGUGGUCGUCGAUUUUUGGGUGCUCGAAACGGCACGAGGUCCCCGGGUGCAUCCCCGAGCUCGAACAGUUUGGCUUUCCCUGCGGGUACGACCCCUGGCCGGGGAGACCUAAUGUCGUUUUAGGCAGGAGCUGCCACGACUUUUUGUGGAAACGGUACUAAGCAUCAACCCACCGACCGACAAACCGACAAACCACUGCUAACCCAUCUCCAUUGCACCGAAGUCCGGUGUUCUCAUUGGCACCAGUAAAAACCCCGUUCUACCCUAUGGAAAGAUCUUUUGUAUUAUUCAAUAUUGAACUAGUGUAUGCUAUCGCAUCAAAAUUACGAUGGAUUACUUCGAGCAGAAGCUUGUUCACCGGCUACCACCCGUAAAAAAUAGAGUCUAAUUUGCGUU